AUGCAACGAAGUAGGAGCCCCUUGACGCUCAGAUAUGAUAGAAGUGAUAGAAGGGAACGAGGAAGAGACAGAAGCUUCAGCAUCAGCUCUUUGAGUAGUUGUAGCAUUGGUAAUGACCACAAUAGAUCAAACAUUGUUGGAAGAGGUAGCAGCAAAAGUGAUAAGUAUAAACAGCGUUCGGAAAGUGAUAACAAACGUCAUGAUAGAAAGCACAAAGGUGAAUAUCAAUCUGGAAACGACAAAGAUAGGUUCAAUCAUUCAUCAAGAGAUAUGCAAAAAAGUAGAGAUGAACAUGAAAAUGUCUAUCUAAAUUUUGAACCAAAUACCCAUAACAACAUUGAAGAAUCAGUAGAUCCUUCUGUCUGCAAUUUUCGUGAUACUUCUCACAUUAUAUCAGAUUUGUCUGUUGAACAAAGACGAAACCCAAAUGAUGAUAGGUUGGAGCGUUUGGAAAAAAUGGUAGAAGUACUGGUGCAGAGCAAACAACAGAAGUCAAAUGUUUCAGUUCCCAUGGAACUAGGACCAGCUGGAUCUACAGGAGAUUUGAAUCCCAAAAAUCCUUUCUUUACUACAUCUGUGUGGUUAAAUAAGAUCAGUGAACGCUGUCUGGAUCAAAAUCUUGAUGACAAAUCUUGCAUUAAGUAUAUGGAACAGAAAAUGGAUGGUAUCAUCAAAGCUUGGUAUAAAACUCUGGAUAAUUAUGAUUUCACCUGGCCAGAACUGAAAAUGCUUAUUACCAGAACUUUUCCAGAUACUAUAGAUUUUGCAACAACACUUCAUCUACUUGUUGAUAGAGUUAAGAGUCCAGAUGAAUCCAUAACACAAUAUUAUUUCAGCAAGAUAUAUUUAUUGGAGGCAUGUAAAAUUACUGGAACUAAUGCAGUUUCUUGCUUGAUAGAUGGAUUGAAUGAUGGUUAUCUACAACAAGAAGCAAAAGCCAACAAAUAUUUGACCCCAGAGAGUUUGUACUCUAAUUUUUUGUCUAAACUGGCCAAUUAUGAGAUUCAGAUAGAAGAAAUCAAAACUUCAUCUCAAGAUGAAGCUGAAUUUGUUGAAGGACUUCCUUUGCAACAAUUCCAGAGGAAGAUUGAUCCAUUGGUCAAAAAGAAAUGCUAUACUUGUGGAAAGUUUGGACAUAUUUCUGAAAAGUGUCGCCAUGCACCAUUGUGCUACAAAUGCAGACUUAAGGGCCAUAUUGCUGCAAAAUGUCCACAGAGAGACUGA